AUGCUUUUAAGGUGUAUAGUUGUGUUCCUAUCCUUUGGUUACAUUUUUGCUUCUGAUUCAUGGCGCAAACCUGGUUGUCAUCGAAUUGGGCACACCAGAAACAUUAGUAUACCAGACUGUGUCCAAUUCAAAAUCACGACAAACGCAUGCCGCGGGUUUUGCGAAUCAUGGUCGCUACCGAGCAUCAUGCUGGGCUUCAAACGACAUCCCGUCACCUCGCUCGGCCAGUGCUGCAAUAUUAUGGAAGCUGAAGACGUACCUGUGAAAGUUCUAUGUUUGGAUGGUGAACGGAAGUUAAUAUUCAAAUCCGCAGUGUCCUGUGCAUGCUAUCAUUGCCAAAAAGAAUAACACUAUGUUUCAGAAUAGAACUGAAAACAUGUC